AUGGUUUGUGUGAAAAUGCAUCUGCAAAUAUGGUUUCAGGAUGGUAAGGAAGCAGAGGAGCUUCAUGUUCAGGAGCAGGUGGAUGAAAUUGUUGCUGAUGAAUUGGACAGCAAACCUACAGAUAAUUUUGAUCCAAACGCAAGCAAGGAACGUGUCGAGAUCGUGAAUGAUACGGACAGUGAAGAUGUGAAGAAUCCUGACCAAAAUUCAGUGAACAGCUACGUUGAGAAUGAGAUCGCACCAAAUGCCACCGAAGGUGUGAAGAACUCUGAUGAAAGCGCUCCUACCAUCAACAGCCUCGAUGUCGCCCAUGAAGAACAUAUCGGGCAAGGACAUGACGAUGAUCAAGAGACCGCAUCAACACAGAUGACAGCACAUCAAUCACAAAUCUCAGAGCAACUGAAAGUGGAUACCAUGACCGAAACAGCAACAGUGGAGAAUGUGUCGAAGCAUGAGGAGCAGAAACCGCCGGCACAAGAGCCGGUCGCGCCCAUCGACUCACCCGCAUGUCCUUCACUGCCAGCUCUGUUCAAGCCAGCAGAGAAGAAGAGACCAGCGAACACGGGGUGGAAUGAGACGAGGAUGAAGCUUGGACAAGAUGGUGGCAGCAAGAAAGCGGCAGCAAAGGGUGUAGCCGUGGUGACCAUGGAUCGUAGAGCUGCUUCAAUGACCAUUCUUGCCAUCAUCUUCGCAGUGACCAUUGGAGCAAACAUCAUUAUGCGCUUAUAUUCCACUUUGCGAGCAGCAUGA